AUGAGACUUCUCCUCAUUUCAUUUGUUCUGUUCUUUGUGUCGUCUGUCUCCUCCAAAGAUCCCCAUUGUCCGAAUGGAUUCAACUAUCAAGGCGAUCUCAAUUUUUGCUACAUCUACACACAGACACCCAUGAUCUGGGAUGACGCGAAGCAAUAUUGUGCGAGUAAUGGUGCCAGUCUUGUCUCCAUUCAUAACGCUUUCCAGAAUGGUUUGCUCGGACAGCUCACAGCAAAUUUGACAGGCAGUACGACAAAUUGGAUUGGGGCCUUUGUGGUGCGGCACGUCGUUUUUGGUGAUCAGUACUUCAGCUGGGUUUGGGAUGAUGACACGAAAUGGGACUACGAUCGAGCAAAAGACGCAAGUGCCGACCAAGUGGGCUAUCUGAACUCUGGAGACGGGCAAUGGUAUGGAACGGAUCGACGGGAUCGACAUCCGACUCUAUGUGCUUACGCGGCAAUCGAUCCCACUCAGCCAAUCACCACACUCGGACCUGGGUGUUUGCCAGCCGAUCAACAACCACUCUACAAUUGUCGUGAUGGGUGGCAGUAUUCUCCGGACACCGGCUAUCAAUAUUUGAUUGCUUUCGACAAGAAUUUCACUGGCGGUGAAGCGUUUUGUGUGAGUCAAGGAGCGCAUCUCGUCUCCAUUCACAGUGCAGCCGAAAACGAUUUCGUUCGAAGGCUUUGCUGUACUUCGGAUGGCUCCUACCUCGAUCAUAUCGGCCAACGGGAUAACGCUCAAUAUUUGACUGGAGGACAAUGGUCCAAUGAUCAAUUCACGUGGACUGACGGAACACCGUGGGAUUUUAACGCGACGUUUUGCGAUGAAGGCACUUUUGAGGACUCGUUAAACUACACAAUGCAGGUGACCAACUGGAUCGGCUCAUCGCGAGAGGGAUGUAAUGUGCCCUCGGAGUGGUGGUGGGAUGUAGUCUAUGAGCCGAUGUCCUAUCUCACGACCGCUUACGUUGUCUGCAAGAAGAAA